CCCCGGCCGCGUCCCCGCCGCGCGCCCGUCGCCGGCAUGCAGGCCCCGCGCGCCGAGCGCCUGUACAAGCUGCUGGUCAUCGGCGACCUGGGUGUGGGCAAGACCAGCAUCAUCCGGCGCUACGUGCACCAGAACUUCUCGUCGCACUACCGGGCCACCAUCGGCGUGGACUUCGCGCUCAAGGUGCUGCCCUGGGACCCCGACACCGUCGUGCGCCUGCAGCUCUGGGACAUCGCGGGUCAAGAACGAUUUGGAAAUAUGACACGAGUCUAUUACCGAGAAGCUAUGGGUGCAUUUAUUGUUUUUGAUGUCACUAGGCCAGCUACAUUUGAAGCAGUGACAAAGUGGAAGAAUGAUUUGGACUCAAAGUUAAGCCUCCCUAAUGGCAAACCAGUUUCUGUAGUUUUGUUGGCCAACAAAUGUGACCAAGGAAAGGAUGUGCUCAUUAACAAUGGCCUCAAGAUGGAUCAGUUCUGCAAGGAGAAUGGUUUCGUGGGAUGGUUUGAAACAUCAGCAAAGGAGAAUAUAAAUAUCGAUGAAGCCUCCAGAUGCCUGGUGAAACAUAUACUUGCAAACGAGUGUGAUCUAGUGGAGUCCAUUGAGCGAGAUGUUGUGAAGCCCCAUCUCACCGCACCCAAGGUCGUCAGCUGUUCUGGCUGUGCUAAAUCCUAGUGGACUCCUCUGCUCGAAGGGGUUAGAAAUAUUCCCACCAUCUCAUGAAUUGUGCCUCAGUUUGUAUCACGUUGGGUAAAUGCCAGGGUGGGAAUACACACAUCACAAACCAAAAAGUCUCUCCCUGUAUCUAUCCUACAAGAGAAAGAAAUAUAAAAUGUUCUUACAGUCUCCUCAGCACCAACAGUGUUUACAACCUCUAAAUAUUUAGUCUGUUACCAAACUCUGUUCUGCAGCUGAGCAAAAUUCUGCAGGCCCAGAGUCUGUCCUGUUAUUUCUUUCUUUCCAUCAGUUUAGGUCUCAGAUCACAACGAGAAAGAUGGAAGAACAGAUGUUCUGUCAAGCAAAGCUUUGUGUUUUGCUUUACUUCUGGUGUCUUUGCCAGAUUUCAAAACCUUCUCUGCUGCUCUGACAGCCCUGUUAAGAAGAAAUAGUAUUUUCCUUAGAAAUGGCCUCUACUCUCACAGCACUAAGAGUCAUCUCAUUGACAACUUCAGAAUCAUGUCAAUAGUCUUCCUGAACUUGUGUAGCUGUUACUGUCCCUUAUCAUGCCCUGGAUGUUGGUCUAACUGAACAUGAAUAAAAAAAGAAACUGCCCCAGUAUAUGUGCUGUCUUAGCUUUCUCAGACUCAAGCUGUGGGGCUCCUUCUUACAUGCAAUACAUAUAUAUGUGAAUACAUAUGUAUGUUCAUAUAUAUAUAUGUGUGUGUCUAUUCAAAAGUGAAAAAUAAAACAUUAAAAGAUACUAUUUUCCUGUUACUCGAUAUAUUGAAAGUUGCAUAAUAUUG